AGCAAGCGGGCGAGGAGGAGGAGGAGGAGGAAGGAGCUGCUGCUGGCACUGGGAGGUUAUUUUUGGCAGGUUCCUUUGGGUGCCCAUCCCGGGGUCUCGCUUGGCCGUGCCGCCUUCCAGCUUUGUGGGGACACAAGGGACUCCCCCCAGCCUUGGGGACAUUGACUGUCCCUCCGGCAUCACGCCCGCUGCAGAGAUGAGGGUGAUGCCACCAUGGGGGUGCGGUGGGGGCUGAGCCCCCUGGUUUUCUGUCCCCGUGCCGGGGAGGCAGCUGCCGGCUCAAAGGGCUUCAAACGAGCGUAGACGUGACGCAGAAAACCACAGAGGGAGGAAAAACAGCCUGUUCCUGCCUGGCCCCCCCCUCACCCGAGCCGGGGAGCAGAGGCGGCCGUGCCCCCGCCAGCGCCGGGACGGACGGACCGACAGACGGGCGCUUGUGCCCAUGGCCGCCUGCCCGCCCGCUCUUAGCCUCCUGCUGGCCCUGGGGCUGUGGGUUGUCCCCAGAGGAGCCACCCUGAGCCCUGGAGAACCCAGCCUGCAGCUGGCCGGCGGCGGCUGCCGCUGCACCGGGGUGCUGGAGGUGCAGCUGAAGGGCCAGUGGAGCCGCGUGUGCCGGGACGGCGUGAGCGAAGCCAGAGCCAAGAGCAUCUGCCAGCAGCUGGACUGCGGCCCCCCCGUCCCCGGGCCCCCCCGGCUCACGGUCACCGGUGGGAAGGAGCUGACACAUGCCUGGACGCCGCGGUGUUCGGGGCCAGCGGACACGCUGGCACGGUGCCGGUGGGUGCUGGCGAACUGCACGGAGCACGCUGUCCUCGUGUGUAGUGAGCCGGUGAAAACCACCCCCGAGCCCCCGCCGGCACCCCCGACCACCACCCCGGAGCCCACCGGACCCCCCCGGCUGUGGCUGGUGGACGGGGACAUCGGCUGCUCGGGCUUCGUGGAGCUGCACAGACAGGGGCUUUGGGGGGCUGUGGCGGCCACCCUGGGGGUGUCACCGGCGCUGGCCACCCGCCUUUGCCACGCCGCCGGCUGCGGCGUCGCCAUCGAUGGCCACAGCCACCCCACGCCGGAGCGGAAAAGCCACUUGCCGGUGCGGUGGGAGGUGGUGGAGCCCUGCGAGAGCCAUUCGGUCCUCGACUGCUUCAACAGGACCAGCGCCCGGCGGCGAAAUCCUCCGGCCUUCAUCGUCUGCUCGGGCUCCCGUCCCCAGGCCCUGCGGAGGCUGGCGAGUGGCCCCACGCCCUGCGAAGGGGACAUCGAGGUCUUUGCCGAGGGACAAUGGCGGGUGCUGUGUGACAACAGGGCACGGCGAGCCGAGUGGGGCCGGCAGCUGUGCCGGGAGCUGCGCUGCGGGAACCUCUCCUCCAGCACCGAAAUCCAGGACCCCCCCUCCAUGGGUGUCACCUGCCGUGUCCCCACCCUGCACCUCUGUCACGACAAGCUUGGGGUCCCCCAGACCUGCUCCCGGACCAGGGUCACGUGCCAAAACUCAAAGCCGCAGCCCCCCGGUCUGGCGGCCGGCACCAUCGUGAGCAUCUGCCUGGCCCUGCUGCUCUUCGCCAUCCUCUUCCUCAUCUGCGGCCCCCCCACCUACAGGAGGCUGAUGAAGAGAAUCUCCAAAAAGAAGCAGCGCCAGUGGAUCGGCCCCACGGGACUCAACCAGACGGUCUCCUUCCACCGCAACAGCACGGCCACCCCGCGGGCGCAGGGGCAGCGGGUGCAGCGCGGGGACAACGACUACGCGCAGCCCCCCCAGAAGAGCUCCCAGCUCUCGGCGUACCCGGCCCUGGAAGGUGCUUGCAGAACGUCCAUCCCCCUGGACAACUCCUCCGACAGCGACUACGACCUGCACUCCACCCGCAGACUGUGACCCCCCAAACUGUCAGAGCCGGGACCCCCUUGUCCCCCUCCCCACCACCCAGCACCACCCCAGGCUGCUGCAAUUGCUGAAUUAGCGGCUUUUCUUGCAUUUGUUUUUUGCAAGCCACCUCGUUUCCGUCGCCAGGCCCCUUCCCGCCCUGCAGGCAGCCCAAAAAAGGUACAUUUUGAGCAACCUGGACGUUUUGAGCAGUUUAAUCUCACGAAAGUCGUCCCCGCCCAUGGCGGGGGGGAACAAGGUGACGUUUGAAGGUUCCUUUCCAACCCAAACCCUUCCGCGAUUCUGCACAAUGAACUGCACAGAACUGACAGAAGAAAUGACACAAAUCUGCGCUGCUCACCUCGGAAUAAACCCACCUGUGACCCCCCCAGUGCGAUGGGGAACCUCCAGGACCCCCAAACCCGCCUGUGCUACCCCGUACCAGCAUCCAAAAAACCUUCCUCCUGCUUUUUUCUUGCAGUGUGUGAGGUGGGAGAUGUUUUAAGCUAUCUGUGUAACGGGAGCGGCAGCUGCGUGGCAGGGGGGUUGGUACCCGCACGGCGAGCGGAGCAGCCGCGCUCGCGGCCGUUCCGAGGGGGUUUGCCGGCUUUCCCCGCUCUGAAAAUGGGAUAAACCCCAUUCCUCGUCCUACCGGGGCCGGGCUGAAAGCGAAAUCGGGCGCUGCUGGGUGGUAAUCGGGGCGCUGAGCAUCACAGAAUGACUGCGACACGUCUACGUGGGACGAAAUGAGAUUCGGAGAGACAUAAAGAAGCAAAGCGAGGACGUGAGGAGCGCGGAGUGGGUAGAAAUACUGAGAAAAAAGACCUGAGAUAUUUAAUAAGCAAUAACCGUUGUAAUAAAAUGGAUUUUUUUCUAGUAA